CCCUUGCAAUAAUCCCACGUUUCAGUCCAUUAUUUCCAAUUCAUAAAUUUUGGAAUUUGAUUUUUAACUCGUAAUGUUUUGAUCUGUGUAGAUAAGCGAGUGUCCGAGCUGCUUAUCUAUUUAAGGGCACCAACUUAAAAAUUGUGGCCCCGGGUUGCUCUAAUCGCGUGUUCGUCUUGUUCUAUCUUCACUGCUAAAGGGUGAACUCCGUUGAAUCAUGGCGAUCAAUUAUUCACCACCUAUCAGGACAAUUUUCACGGACAUUUCAGGACCUUUUAUGGUUCAGCAGCAUUUCGGAAGGUGUGCUUUCUUUGAAAUGCGCUUCAUGGAGUGUCUUGAGGCUUAUGGAGCAGACCAGGCCAUGCAGAAGUGCUUAGCUCAACGUGCAGACUUUAAUGAAUGUAUUGCUCAAAGAAACCAGCAACGGAGAGUUGCAGCUAUGAGGGAAGAACGAGAGAGGCAAAGGAAGGAGAAGGGCUUGGGCAAAAAGGAUCCUCGUGCGUAUGCAGAACCUCCUCCAAGGGACUCUUACACGUUCAUGGAUCAAAACUGAAUCCAAUCUUCCUCUCGGGAACAGAUUGUAGUCAAUAACUUUGAAAUAUUCCAAGGGCGCUCCUUCAAUACUUUUCGGUGCUGCUCAGUCCUGUCCUUCACACUAUCUACCGUUAAGUCAGUUCGUCUAAAAGAAAAUUCUUGUCUUCGUGGUUCAUUUCAAGCUGGGAUGCAAGUGCGAUUGCACUUAUCAAUAUAAUUUUCAAAGGUCGGAAGUCAGUAUGUAUCCGUUUUAAAGAUGUAUUCCAUUCUUUUCACUUUGUUUUAUUGUGAAAUAAUAUUAUCGUUAUGAAUAAAUCUACGUUCAAAGAAAA